UGUCCCUAUGGAGUUGUUGCUGAGGAGGUUUCAGAGUUUCGAAGAGAUCGAGAGAACACGGGCGGUGAUAUGGCUUUAAGAAUGACUGCCUAUUAUCUCAGGAAUAACCCUCUUCAGCCGCAGCUAAAUGUUACAGCUCUUUUUAUUUUGUGCAUCGCAACCGGUGUGUGCGGCAGCCAGGUGGCAGUCCCUCCAAAGGUGAGCGCAGUGCUGGGGAGGAACGUGACCCUAAGCUGCCGGAUUCAGGUGGAUUCAAGCUUGAGCCUGACACAGAGCUCGUGGGAGAGACGCUUGCCAUCCGGCUGGGUCACGCUGGCUGUCUACAACCCCAUGUUUGGUAUCUCCAUCGCACCUGAGUAUGAGCGGCGUCUUUCCUUCCUCUCGCCCUCCGCCAGCAAUGCCACCAUCAUGCUGGGGGAUGUGGGCUUCACAGAUGCCGGCACUUACACCUGCAAGGUGGCUACAUUCCCCCUGGGCAACACACAGGCUUCCACCACCGUCAGUGUGCUGGUGGAGCCCAAGGUCUUUGUUUCUGCUGGUUCUGCUGCUCUCAUGGAUGGGGGGAACAUCACCACAGUUGCCAUCUGCAUUGCCGAGCGGGCACGCCCGCCAGCCGAGGUAUUCUGGGAGACGGACCUGUAUGGGUCGUCAGAGGCCCACAUGAUGGACGAGGCCAACGGCACCACCACCACACAGGUGCACUACACCUGGCAGCCCAGCCGACAUGCCCAGGGACGCAUGCUCACCUGCGUGGUGAAGCACCCUACACUCCAGAGGGACUUCAGGAUUCCUUAUGUCAUCAAUGUGCAGUUUGCCCCAGACAUUCUGGUGCUGGGCUCUGAUGGGGACUGGUAUGUAGGGCGUGAGAAUGUCCAGCUGAGGUGCAGAGCCAAGUCUAACCCUCCAGCCCGCCACUUCAGAUGGAUCAGGCUGGACAGAGACAUGCCAGAGGGAGUGGAGGUGUUGAAUAACUCCCUGGUGUUCCUGAGGCCACUCCAGCGGAAUGACUCUGGAGUCUACAGGUGUGAGGUGGGCAAUGACGUCGGCCUGCGCAGUCGUGAUAUGACCAUCCGCGUCCAAGAUCCUCCUUCCACCACCACUAUGCCUCCCACAACCCCUGUGCUCCUUUUAAAUGCCGGCAUAUCUGUCACUGCACCUGGUAAUAAGCAGCGGGCUCUCUUCACCUCUCCAACCCUGGCACCGCUGUAUGAGAGCAACCUAGGCACCAUCGUGGGUGGGGCAGUGGGCGGAGCUCUCUUCCUGUUGUUGCUGCUGGUACUUGGCGGGGUUUACUAUCAGCGGCAGCGGCGGACCUUCCGUGGGGACUAUUACACCAAGCAGUACCUGGGCCCGUCGGACAUGCAGAAAACUCCACAGCCCCAUGAGCUGCAGCAGGUCUACAGCAAUGAUGACACCUCCAGCCCUGACACCAAGCUUAAAUCCAGCCAUGAUGGCAAUGGCACCAUCUACCCUGACAAAGAUCGGGAAGAGUGGGGUGACUUUGAUCGGGAGCGAUCCCCUAAUGGUCGUAGUAGAGUACUGCGAGAAGGGAACAUCCAUCAUAGCCACCAUAACCAUCACAAUCACCACCAGAGAUACCACCCUAACCCUCAUCCUAUCCACCCACAGAGCUUCCACCCAGCACAGCCCAACCACAGGAGCUCAGCCCAGCCAGAGCCCUGCAGGUACUCUUCUCCUCAAGUGGUAGGCAAUGGCUCCCCCUACCUGCCGGAGGACUGCUAUGACAAUGACUAUGUCUCUCACACAGACGGCUCCGUGAUCUCUCGCAGGGAGUGGUAUGUCUAAACGGACUGAGAAAGCAGGAAAAGACUGCUUACACUAGUAGAAGGAAAAACUGCAAAAGAACACAAGGGUAGAAGUAGACUAGGUCACUAAAGAAAAAUACUUAGAAAAAUACUGUUGCACCUUUUUCCCUGUAGUUGGCACCCUCUGUUAUUUGAGUUAUCAUUUGGCAUUGUCUGUUGUUUUGUUGGUUGAUGUAUAGGAUUUUUGGGGACCAAGUGUAUAACAAUUUACUUUUUCAAUCUGUUAUGAAGAAUACAGUCUAUAUAAAAAGGGGUGUUCUAUGUUUAGUAGUCAGAACAUUUGACUUAUAUCAAUAAGGAUUUAAGUUAAAAUUUCUGUGUAGCUAAAUAUCCUCCUUCAUUUACAGUGAAGCAAAUAUCAAUCUGUAAUUCUCGGUUUGCAAAAGAGAAAAAAUAGUAUUUGGACAGAUGAUUGUUUCAAAUGGCACCAGUGUGAUGGACGAGUUUCCAUCAGCUGCAUGAACUUUUCAGCAAUCUCAUCAUUCUAAUGGAAACAAAAAUUAGCUCCUGUCAACAGCCUGCCGGUUUCCACGGCAACAUUUGAUUCUCUUCCCCAGGCAUUCAGCGUAGCAAGCUGGAGGGGCGGGGCUAGACAGGGAGGAAGGGCUGGAGUGCUGAGUGCACUGAAGCACAAGAGAUACAGAAACGGAGAAUAACUGCAGCACAGGGGCAGGUUUAUCCAGGUUUAUGCAUAUGUGUUCCAUCUCUUGAGUGUUUUGAUGUAUAUGAAUGGCAAAAAUGAUCACCAUUGCUGUCAGUGUCAUUCUGCCCAGUGUUAAUGCUUAGAUUGUUCAUAAUCAACUAACAGCUGUUGACGUAACUGUUCAGUAUACCUUAGUUCUUGUGAAAUCAGGUUUUGUGCCUUUGUGGGCAUUUGUGUUUCUUUUUGUAUGUGUGCGUGCAUGCGUGCGUGAGUGUGCGUGUGUAUAAGUAAAUACAGUCAGUUGGUGUUAACCUCCACAGUAUAUUUGAUGGAUCAGCUGUUUGUUCAGCAGUGCAAUAGUGUUCUAAAUCUGCCUUCAGGCCUGAAUUCAGAUUUCACACAUUUUCACAUGCAAAUGCAGUGGGUGAUUACAGGCUAGUAAAAUCACAUUUUAUUUUGUGUUUGCUUUAUUUGUGCUUGGCUGACGGUGUCAAAUGAAGAGUAAUAAUUAUUAGUUAGUUGUACUAUGACUGUAUCUAGGUCAGGGAAAUUAUAGCAGUGCCUUAUUUUGAAGGUGCAGUUUUUUAUAUUGGCUUUGUUGAUGAUGUUUCAUCCGUUUAACAUACGAGUAUCAUUUUUGGAAGAAAUGAGUGAGUAAUUGGGUAGUGAAUAAAAAGGCCAGUUCAGGUGCAUUGGGAAGCAUCCUGUACUGUUCUCCUGUUCUUCCAAAGGCAACCCCUUUGCCACUUUAGAGGGCCUUGGUCUUUUUAGUGCCAUUUCUUGUAUGAUUUUUUUUUUUUAAUGAAUAGUCAGACAAUAGCAUAUUUUGCUCACAUAAGAUGACAUUUGUGACACUUGAGUUGCAAUGCACAAGAAAAAAACAUUUUGGUAGAUAGGUAAAAAUAUCUAUGAAGUGUGUGUGUGUGUGUGUGUGUGUGUGUGUGUGUGUGUGUGUGUAAAUGCCAUUGGCUUGGGUUGCACAAGUGAACAGAAGAAUAAGAGUAAGAGCUGAAGAAUUAGGUGUGUGUGUGUGUGUGUGUGUGUGUGUGUGUGUGUGUGUGUGUUGCUGUUUGGAAAGCCGUUUUUGUCCAUUUUGUUUUUUCCUGUAUAAAAACUAAAGACUGCCAAUGAAGCAUACUGGAGCACACCUAGCGCUUCACUGUGUAAUAAGGUGUCCAGACCUGUUCAGCUUUCUCACAUUCUACUUCACUUUCCUCCUUUUUGUUUCUUUUUCUUUCUUUUUCUUUUUCUUUUUUUUUUUUUUUUUUUGUACGGAGGAGCUACUGUAAAAAAUAUAAUUAAAUAAAUGUACAUGUGAAAGUGCAAGAAAAGGUACUGAAAGGAGAUGUAAGAAACUGAACAUUUAUUUUGUAAAAUCAACUUUUGGAAUAGGAUUUGUUUUCAAAUAAAGCACCUUUUUUUCUGUGA